AUGGGUGACUUCACCGACAAACUGCGACCAGCCGACCCUCAAGGGCCGAGCAUUCUGGCGCAAGAGAGAGCCGGAUCCAAUCUGAACGUCGACCAGCUCGCGAACCACUUGCUGUCAAGAAACGACUUCCUGCAGCGCCAGAAAAGAAUUCUCUCUAUCCUGGAGACGAUCCCGAUACUCUGCAAGAAGAACCAGCUCAAUAUGGCCCGACCAGACAGAUAUCACCUGGGUCUGGCACGGGCAAAGAUGCUACGCAGAUUAUCGAUCGAGCAUGGCUGGGAUCGAGACGACUACCUCAUGGCCGACUACCUGAUGGACGAAAUGGGCCCGUACGCGCUUCAAGCGACUAUGUUUGCGACAUCGAUCCGCGAGCAAAGCAACGAGCAACAAAAGGCCUACUGGCUCCCGAAAGUCGAGAACUGGGAGAUCAUCGGCUGUUACGGCCAGACCGAGUUGGGUCACGGCAGCAAUGUCAAGGGUAUUGAAUGCGAAGCACGCUGGGAUCCCAACACCAAAGAGUUCAUCAUCCACAGUCCAACCAUCACAGCCAGUAAAUGGUGGAAUGGCUCGCUGGGCCGCACAGCCAACCAUGCCAUUGUGGUCGCGCAGCUCUUCCUCCCGGAAAGGGGACCAGCCACUUCUACAAAAGAUUCAGAUGGAGCAGACAAAAACACUCCCAGAUACAGAUCCUACGGACCGCACCAGUUCAUCAUACAGAUCCGCGACAUGAAAACCCACCAGCCCCUGGACGGUAUUGUGAUAGGCGACAUCGGUCCAAAGUACGGCUAUCCAGCCAUGGACAACGGCUACAUGCUCUUCAACCAUUUCCGAGUCCCCCAUUCCGCACUGCUGGCUGGGUACUCAGGCGUCGACUCCGAAAGCUGGAUGUACAUCAAGCCGAAAAACCCGGCCGUCGUGUACGGAUCGUUGACGUUCGUGCGCGCCCAGAUCGUGAUGAACGCCCGCCUCGUGCUCGCUCGAGCAGUCACGAUCGCCGUCCGCUACCUCUCCAUCCGUCGCCAGUUUGCCGAUCGAGACUCCAAAGACCCAACCAACGCGCCGGAACAAGCCGUGCUCAAUUACCCGACAGUCCAGAUCCGGAUUUUGCCCUUGUUGGCCACGACUUUCGCGCUGCAUUAUACCGGCGAGGCUAUGUAUAAGCUAUAUUACGGGACGCGCGAAGCGAUCGAGACCAGCGGCGACUUUUCCCGUCUCGCAGAGAUGCACGCCGCCUCAUCAGGUCUCAAAUCGCUCUGUACCACUCUGGCCGCGGACGGGAUCGAGACCUGUCGGCGCGCCAUGGGCGGCCACGGCUUCGGCGGCGGGAGCGGCGUGAUCGCCCUGAACAACGAGUAUCUCUCCAAACCGACCGUCGAGGGCGACAAUUGGAUGAUCACGCAACAGACGGCGGCGUAUUUGAUCAAACGCAUGGCAAAAGUGGCGAGCAAUCCGGGCAUCAAGCCCACGGACACCGUUGAUGUGCAGUUCCAGGAAUUCUUGCAGUCGCCGACUACCACAAAUGACGACGAUAAGCUUGGUAAGAACAACAACGUCAGGCGGAGAGCUGGGUUUGGUAUUCUUGGUGAUGAGAUGGAGUUGGUCAAAGCAUUCCAACAUCGAGCCUCGUAUCUCUCGUACCAAGCUUACCAUGCGCGAGUGCUUGAAAAGAGGUCUUGGACGGACAUGAUGAUAAGCCUGCAUCGGCUUAGCCAUGCGCAUUCUGAGAGUCUGCUGGUCUCGAAUCUUCACCGCGCUGUCUCUGAUGAUGCUGGUAGUGCUGAUGAUGAUACCUCGAUACCACUAGACAAGCCUACCUUGCAGGUCAUGAGGACGUUGUUCCGGCUCUUCGCACUGUUCACGCUCGACGCUUCAGCUUCCGAGUUCUUGGUCUCUGGCGCAAUCUCGCUCGACACCCUGCAGGCCGUUAUGCCGACGGUACAGAAUCUCAUGGCUUCAAUCAGACCGCAUGCUGUUCGGCUCGUCGAUGCUUGGUCUGUGCCGGAUUAUCUGCUGGAAAGUGCUCUGGGGAAUUAUGACGGGGAUAUGUAUAAUAGACUCUUUCAAAAGGCGCACAAGGAGAAUCCGUUGAACCGGGUCACUUUCAAUCCGGAUUGGCGCACGGAAGAAAUAGUUAUGGGGGAAGGGGAGGAGAAUGCUAGGAGAAGGUUGGAAUCGUUGGCACUGGGGACGACGGGGCAUGAGCAGUCUGGCGUGGUGAGGGCGAAAUUGUAG